AUGGAGUCUCACAGACACGGAGUGAGUGGCUCUUCUCCAGACUUCAGUAGAAUACAACAGGGCUACAACAUGCAGCAGCCUAGGCCUGGUCCCAGAGGCAGCCCUCGACCUCACAGCGACAGCAGCAGCAUGUUCGGGGUUAGGGUACAAGUCCAGGGGAUUGAGGGUCUUCCCUACGUUGUAUUGAACGGGGAUAGUAGAGCAGCUCUGCCAUCUGGUGGCCUGGAGAGCUACAGCAGGAAAUGGGACCACCAGGAGGUGUUUGUCAACGCCCACAGUCAGUCUACAGAGUACACCUUCAUGGUGAAUGAUGGGCGAUCUUCAUUCGGAUAUGGAGUCACAGAGGAUUCCGCUGGCGUCCGCUGCAUUCUGUUCGACUUCCAGGAGUCAACAUUAUACAGCCAGUCACAGAGGACCGUGCCGACAUCUAACACGGUGUUGAACUUCCAGAGACAGCCAGAGCUGCUGAAACCCUACAACCCAGACAGGAACAGCCUCAGCCCCCUCCUAGUCUCCACCCGAAGACUCUCUGUUCCCCCCACUCAGACAGCCUCUAUACCUAGGCCGGGACAUCUCACCAGGGAUCUCCAGAGUGGGACAGAGGCCAUCCUGAUCCAGGCAGCAGGGUCUAGACCAGGAGCAGCCAGGAUCCCUCUGCCUGCUGGGGGUGUAGAGAGGGCCCCCACCCCUGUCUCGGCCCCCACCCAGACCCAAUGCCCAGGCCCUGCCCCUGUCUCAGCCCCCACCCAGACCCAAUGCCCAGGCCCUGCCCCUGUCUCAGCCCCAGCGCUCCACCACUCUUCUUUGGCCACCUUACUAAGCCCCCCAAACGAGGUCACCAACAUCCCCAGAAGAUCCCCAAACUCAGUGGACACAGAGCCCAUCUCCUCCAUAGGUAGCCUGAUCAACCAGUUCGACAGCCCCCAACAGAUGGGCCGAGCUGGGCCUAGGAGAGGGAGGAUAGCCCCAGAGGACCGGAGGAGGUCACGUAGCGUGGACAGCAGACAACAGUGUCACUCAUACCCAUUGGACCCCUCCAGCCCUGCCUCGGUCGUCMGAGUGGCCAGGGGAGAGACUCCAAGCGGAUACACCAGUGCCCCAGGGUCACCGAAGGUGAGAGGGGCCAACGGACCCUCCACUGUGAUGUUUAAUAAACUACAGUGGGGGGAGAAGGAGCCUAGCGGGAGGUCAUCCAGAGCAGUGAAUGUGCUGUACGGAGUGGAGAAGACCUCCAUGACCAGAUCCAGGUCUCUCAACCACACGGAGGACGAGGAGGAGAGAGACAUUCAGAUCAUCACUCCAGAUCUUUUGGAAGAUCAGAGGGGUCAGCACGAGGUCUCAAUUGAACCACAACCAAAUGAAGACACCACCAAAAUGAUACUGUUCACUUACCUCAAUGAUGGGUGA